UCGUCUGAAAGUUUCGCGAGUGUGGUUAAACUACAACCGUGACUCUAGCGUUUUUGGUGCAAGGGUCCCAACCAUACCUGAAAAAGAGAAUGAUUUUACAAAAACUGUGGAUUUAUCUCUCCAUGGGAUGUCUUUUCUUUGGCCAGAUUUUAACAGUUUUCGUCAUUCGCGUUCUUUAUUUGGUUUGGCCAGCUCUGGCCAAAAAACUUGUGCUUAAAAUGGGCGAGCAGUGCACCAUGACCCAAAAUCCCAAAUUCAGGUUUGAAGAUUGGGGUCCUUCGUUUACGACGUUAACCUCCCUCAAAAUUAUAUUCAAUCACCUUUGGCUCUCUCUUGGUCAAGAAGCUUUUGUGGGUUGGGAGGCACCAGACUCACAGGUUGUUACUUUGGAGGGCAAUACAUCAACCAUACUGAAGCACUUGAAUGGGAACAGACCACUUGUUCUGAGUUUCGGAAGUUGUACCUGACCCCCAUUUCUGUUCAAACUUGAUGAGUUCAAGGAACUUGUCAAGGACUACAGAGAUGUGGCAGACUUCCUAGUUGUCUACAUCGCUGAAGCUCACGCGACUGACGGUUGGGCAUUCGGUAACAACGUGGAAAUCAAGCGACACCAGACGCUGGGCGACAGGUUGGUGGCUGCCCAGACUCUAGUGGACCUUGAGCCAGGCUGUCCGGUGGUGGUGGACGACAUGAGCGACGUCACCGCCUGCAAGUACGGCUCUCUCCCCGAGAGGCUGUAUGUACUGCAGGCCGGCAAGGUGGUCUAUAAGGGCAGUAAAGGACCUUGGGGAUACUACCCGUCUGAGGUUCGAACCUUCCUGGAGAAGAUGAAUUAGACACACACACACACACACACACACACACACACACACACACACACACACACACACACACACACACACACACACACACACACACACACACACACACACACACACACACACACACACACACACACACACACACACACACACACACACACACAGGAUGUGUUCAAUGUUUUUAUGAAUGAAAACUAUGGAUCAAACCCCAUGCGGUGUCUGUAGUCUGAAAAAUGUAAAAAAACAACACAGUCCAAUCAGACCAGCUAUUGAUUUUAUAUCCGCCUGACUUUCUGCCUCAUCUCUGGCUUUGGCUCAGGUUUGUUAAGUACUCACUUUGCACCACAACUCUAAUGAUGACCUGUAAUUUACCACUUUGUGAUAGUUUUCUGUUAUGUCUCCAAGUAGGCUAUUCAUUCCAUGCUUUUAAGUAAGACAGCUUUCUUUAUGACGGUUAUAGUGUAAACCUCUGGUGACUGUAAUUUGAUGGCUAUUGAAAUUUGUCUUGCCUUGAAAGUGAAGUGGAGCCUUAAGACUUUGGCUACAGCUCAAUCCUAUGCAUGUUCACGGAUUAUGUCAUGACCUACUCAAACACUUAAUCAAAUAUCAAAUAUACCUUGUUAAACAUUAAUCAGCAAAAGUCUGCUUGACGUCCGAGCAAAUAAAUGUUAAUGUCUGGAUGUGUGUUUGUUUGCACGCCCUAAUAAAGGACAGGGUGGACCUGCUGGUUCACAAUCAGUUUGGAGUUUCUAUGAAAUAAUAAAAGGAGCAGCCUGAUGUGGCUACAGGACGUUCAUAACAUCCACUAAGUGCCUCUAAACUUGAAGGGCUGGUUUGGCUUGCUUUCAGCCAGCCCACAUCCUAUACCAAUCAGCCAAUAUUCCCAUUUGAGCCGACCGGCCUGCCUUUGUAAUUCUUAAUGUUUGGCAAGAUACCAAGCUCUUGCUAAUCGCUGUGAACAGGUAUAUUGAUUAGGAUAUAUUGUCAAGUCAUGUCUUAAGCCGAUUACAAAUCUUUCACCAAAUUGUUAUGCUCUUAUGUUGUUGCAAGGCAUGUAUGUGUAUGCUCGGUCCUCCCUCGACCACUAGAGGGCGAUGAGAAUACAAGCCGCGUUGCGUAAUGAUUUAUUUUUGUGUGGUUAAAAUGCAACCGUGUGCCGUGCAGUAUAACUGCCUUCAGAUCGAAAUUGAUCAUGUUUUGGCCUCUUUUGCCCUAGAGACAAACGGGUCAAAAUUUGAAAGCUCUUCAUGUCUGAAAAAUAAUCUAUACUUUUCAAUGACUUUCACCAUCAUGGAAUUGACAUGUGCCACUAUAUAUAUUCAAGCAUGGAUAUCGGUUGGACUGAAAAGGGAAAACUCUUCAAUUAAGAUCCACAAACGUAAUUGCAGUGUGGUGUGCAUGGCAUCAACUGGCUCCAAGAGCCUCACUAUCACUCAGUUUAACCCGGCUAGUGAUUUUCCCUCUGAUGAGAAGGCAUUUAUGGGCUGAGUCCAUGGGCCUGGACCCGGGCUCGCACUGCUAGAACUACUUUGGUAUGGAGCAUUCAGUGACAGGAAACCAUGGGCCGUACAGGAAGUGAUGCUUAAGCACAUAGGAAAACAAGUGCCAGAAGGUAGGCGGCCUCCAAAACAACAUGGACUGGUUCAAAUUGUGUGGGAUCUGUCUAGAAGCUCCCUUAUUGUAAUGAAUGGCUAUGUGUCACAGAAAAUGAGCACUUUGAAAAGCACACAAUGUAAAAGGUACCCGAUUCCCUCGUUAUUUUUAACACGCCGUUAUGAGAAAUCCAUUUACAGCAAAAGCUCAUCACGCCAAAUCGUUUCCAACAGUUUAACAAUAGUUUUAUUUUAAGUUCUUUAUUUAAAUCUAGCCUUGGGUCAUCUUGAAGCUAGACCAAAUUGUAAAAAAGAAAAAAAAAAACUCAUGGCAAGUAAAUAAGUUACUGUAAAAUUAUAUUAACAAGCAAUUUUUCCUCAAUUUGAAAUAAAAAAAUAUCCGCAAAUAAAGGCAACAUAGGACAGA